AUGGCUGCAGUAUGGCGUUGCAUGUUGGCAGUGGUGGCGGUGAUGUGCGUGUGUUUGUGGGGUUCCACUGAGGCUGUAGGGGGGGCAAAGAGUCGGCCGCGACCCCAAAGACGACCUCCGAGGAAGCCAAAGGUUGAGCCUAUUGAUGCGACCCCACCUGCACAGAACAUAGACAUACAGCGGAUGACAGGAAUAUGGUACCUGCUAAACACCGCCUCCAAAUGCUCCUACCUGAUUAAUCACGGCACCAAGGUGGAGCCGACAGUCCUGAACCUCACACGCUCCUCUGCCUCUGACAAAACACUGUCUGUCAGCACGAAAACGCGACAUAAUCACCAGUGUUGGGAGAUAUUACAGGUGUACGAUCUAUCACCAACUCCUGGCAAGCUAACACUUAAAGGAGCUCGUCCUGAGCUGAACACUGAGAUAGUGAUCGGGGAGACGGACUAUGAGUCCUAUGCGAUCAUGUACUACCAGAAACGUGGCAAGAUCACCAUGAAACUCUAUGGCAGGUCUGUCGACGAUCUGUCCGAGCCGACGUUGACCAAGUUUGAGCAGCUCGCUGAAAAACAAAAUUUGGGACUGGCAUACCUAUUCCCCUUCCCCACCUACAGUCACUGUGGUGCUGUGGACCAGGACCAUGUAAUCAAUUGUGUCCCCACAUGCUGA